UCCAUCAACGCGCACGCACGCACAGGGGUGUUCACACCCAGUCUGCCGCUCUGUCGCGGGGGCAGCUUCCCCGAGAGUCACGGCUCCGGCUUCGACCUCUGUCGCGUCGCCCGCGUCGAGGAAAUCGUCGGAUCUCACCGACGGCCGCCGUCGUCGCCACCACCAUCACCACCACCACUACCACCACCACCACCACCACCACCAUCACCACCACCACCACCACCAUCACCACCACCACCCCCGUCCCGCAACUGUCAGUUAGUCGACUCGCGCGAUUCGGCCGGGGACUGCGCCUCUCCCGAGGUGCAUCGUGUCGCGGCCGAUUAAGGGUGGUGGUUGCGCGCCGUCGUGACCGGAGGAGGAUGAAAAAUGGAACACGCACACGCACACACGGCGACGCGUCCUAACCCAAAGACCCCGAAAGCAAAGUGAUCGAAGGGACGGGACGGUGGAAGCGUGAAAGUGAGAGCUUCGAGUCGGGAGUCGCCAUCGGUGGUCGUUGUCGACGUUCGGAGCAAGCACGAGGAGGAAAAGCGAAGCUUCGAUCUGGGUUUUUUCGAAAUUUUCUCCCGCUGUUGAUCUUCCGCGUUCCGGAAGGAACGGACACGCGCCAGAGUGUCAGAGACAGUCGGGGAAGAAGACGAACCUUGUCGCGAAACUUGGAGGAAGCGAGGGAUGCUCGGAGACGCAUCGCGGUGAUGUCGAGGCGGAAUCCUCGCGGCGACUCCAUCAGGUUCGAUUCUCGCGCAUCGUCGCGUGGAGCGACACGAGGGACGUGCUGCUGUCACUUGUGCGAGCGCGAUCCUCGCGUCGAAGGAAUACACGAGCGAUCCGGAAGACGGAACUGAUUGGGCGUUAAUAAGAUCGCUCGCGGGAUCACCGUUCGUUUCUACGAUUAGUGUUGCUCGAGCGAACGCAUACAUUGUACAGAAGACGCGUAAACAUCGACGUAUACCGUGAACGGGAGAGAGAGAGACACCGCGAGAGAAAGAGAGAGAGAGAGAGAGAGAGAGAAAGAAGGAGAGGCCGCAGUCGCGUAAAAUGAUUUCCGUCAUCUGCGAGGAAUCCCGCGGGAAGUUCGAGAUGUCGUGCACGAUUCCUACGCUACUAGAGACUCAAUGUCCCGUAAUAACGAUCGUCCCUGACGUGCGGUCGCAUCAAGGGUGGUAGCGCUAACGCACCCAGCAAGAACGGAGGAGUGACGGCGGCAGCAGCAGCAGCAGCAGUAGCAACAACAGUAGCAGCGGCAGCAGCAGCAGCUGGUCGGAGCUAGUACGCGCUUCCGGCACCGUGCACCCCCGCCGCGCGGGGCCGAUGCGGUGGAUGCGGAACGACGGCGGCGACGACGACGACGACGACGACGACACGAAGGACGACAGGACGAUGGCCGGUGGUGCGUGCACGAAAGCGAAGGCAGUCGAAGCGGUGAUCAAUAAGACGCUCCGGUUCGCCGCGAGAUUGUGAACCGGCGAUCGCUGACACUUGACAACCGUGGCUCGCGAGGCACGUCGUCGUAAGGAUGUAGGGGAGGGGGCCCGCGCUAUCGGGGCCCCGCGGAGGCGCCGCAUCGUUUCCUCUCGCUCCCAUGGACUUUUUUGGGAGGAAUAAGGUCCUAACGACGUGGGAGCGCGCGACAUUUCGAAAAAAACGGCAACGGGAGUGAGAUAGCACACGGAGAAUAAUAAAAAUCGCGACCGCGCGCAGUAGAGUGUCAAACGUAAAAGAAAAAGAAGAAAAAAAAGACAGAAAUGAAAAGAGGAGAAUAAUUAUGUGUUCCUUAGUCCAUCUCUCUCUCUCUUAAGUGGCACCUCCUUAUCGAGCGUGCAUCGUAGUUCUCGUCGUAGAGAUUUUCUUAUACCACCCUCGUAUGGAGCAUAGAUGCCUUAGUGUCUAUUUAGAACGUCUCGGGUUUCCGAUCUCGCGAUACGAUCACACGUAAGUGCGGUAUACGAGCACGUCAAAGGCGCGGUUAAAUGUAUGUAUGAGCGGUUACUCUCUGUACUCCGAUAUAUACAAUAUAAGAACGAAUCUCUCGCGGAAGAAAGCGACACCGAGGGGAAGAAAUCGGGGAGGGGGGACGGAAGAGAGAGAGAGAAAUAUAUACAAGUGUCGCGAAAAAUAUAAUCGCUGUUAGAGUGCCGGGCGAGAAGUAGGUCACGAGGUCGAUACCAAAAUGAAGUGAGGAUGCGAGAGGAAACACGGGAAAAUGGCAUGUGCUAACGACGUUAAUAACGGCGGACUGAUUUUUCGGGGCGGACCCGAACCGGCGUAGAGUGCGAAGUAAUUAGUGAUUUACCGUCGUGCACGUUGCACGCACGUACACAAGCACACAUACAUACACACACACACACGCAUACGCGCGCGCGCGCGCGCGCGCACGUCAUCUCGCGUGGAGUGCCACGCGAGGUAAUCUAAUAGCGAACUACCCUUCCCCUACCACUGCACGUACGGAGGAUAAUUACUAGCGAAAAUGGUCGAUCUAGGAGGAUACAUUAUUAUAUUGACCAACGACGACGGAAAGAUCAAGUUGUACGGAUCGCCGGCGGAUAAUGCGGAUACUCUAGAAGUGGGCGACGAAAUUUUGGAAGUGAACGGUCGCACCUUAGAAAAUGCAACUCAUAACGAAGUCAUCCAAUACAUUCAUCAGUGCAUCAAGUCUCGUACAAUAUGUCUGCGUGUCCGGAGAAGAAGCGGCAACAAAAUGGAAGAGCUGGACGGGCCAAACGCUGGGCGGAUACGAGACGCCUGGGUUAUCGCCGUCGAAAGGAGCGCGCGAGAGAGGUUGCAGAAACUGACGGCACUGAAGAAGAUCCAGCCGCGCGAUAUCCAGGCCAUUUUACAUCAGCAGAUAAACGAUGCCGUAGCGUCUACGAGCGAGGAUUCCGCUGCAAAAGACGUGACGAAUGGCCAAAUUACGGUUACUUUGGCAGACAAGGAAUUGAGCAGCACGAAUGCUUUCUCUACGAAACUUAGCAACGGUACGAUUCCUAAAGGAUUAACGAAAGAGGCAGACAUUCGAGUGGAACACGUUUCGCAGGAGCGGAAGGACGUUUUGGAAAAGCAACAUAGCUACGAAGAGGCGAAUCUCUUGCAACCAGUGCAGGGCGCAAGAAUCGGCGAACGUCGCGCUAGCAGCCCUUUCCAAAAUGGUCGGACAGAAGUGCUGAUCGGCGAACCGGAGGGCGGCCCGAGGUCGCCGCGGGGAUCGACAUCUUCGGCGGUGAACGACGGCAAUUUCCUGAAUCCACCGGACGAGCGAGACGAACCAAUUUGCAGGUCCCGAAGGCGUAGCGGUAGUGGCGUGACGGACAUACACUCUCAGCAACAGCAACAGCUGCAAGAGAACAACAACAGCAGCUCGCGCGACGCUAAGAAGCCGCAGGAGGGACUGGGGCCCGAUGAGAUGUGGGCCCCUGGCGCCCUGGGCCAUCAUCGGGAGCUACCUGUUGAUGUGCCCGACACCCUCUUACAGAAGGCCUAUCCCAACAAGGUAAAGAAUCGCUCUUCCGAUUAUAGGAACGGGCUACAGCAUCGUCCCCGUAGCGCUAGCGACCUCGACCUAUCCCUAAACCUUAAAAACGAGACCCUUAAGACGCGCACCACACCCGCGGACGGACGCAUUAGACUCGUAUUGAACGACGACGUCGACGCCGCCUCACGGACGAUCAACGUUCGCAACGGACUUCAGCCUAUGUCCAUGCUGAAGAUCGAGCUAAACAUCGAGGACGAGGAGGAGAAAAAGGUAAAAGUCGCCAAGAAAGAUUCGGCAAAUAUUGACAAGUAUCACGACAGUCCGAUUGCGACUGAUUCGCCGGAUCUGAUGAGCGACUUGAAAGCUUUCGAGGAGUACGAUAACAUCGACGAGGACGCGAGCGGGCAGAAGGAGUCCGGCGUCGACGUCGAGGACGAUUAUCCGUUCGCCAAGGAGGAUUACCCCACCAUGUUAAAGACGUGCAGCGACGAUUCCGCGAGCCCGAGGAGCUCAUCGGGCAGAUCGGACAGCACUGCGCCUCUGGACACCAGCUUGAGGUGCGAGCAAAGACAAAAUCAAGAUAUACAUAAGGACGUACAACAUACGUCUUAUGACGUACGAAGGAUAGAUCUCGGCUCCCCGUGCAGAUCGAUGAUACCCGACAUCAAGAUAGCUCCGCUCUUCGGUCGCGCUCGGGACGCGACAUCCUUUGACAAUCCAGCUUAUGGGCUGACGGAUCUGCAGGACCUUCAGGGCUUACUGCGAUCCGACGAGGCCUCGGAUAUGACCAGACUGAUAGACGACCAAUGUUCUAUCCCGAGGAUUCCGAAGGAACAGGACAAGACACCGCCUGUUCGCACGGAGGACCAACAAAUAGAGCCUUCCCGAGCGACGACGGAGCCCUCGGCAAACAAGUCUGCCGCGAAGAAUACGAAGCGCCGCGCAAAUGUCGACGAACGUGCCAAGCUAAAGGCAAAAUCGCGUAGUCUCGACAUCGAGGAACUGAUCCGAGCUAGCUCGACCGAUGAUUUGCUUGGCAUCGAGAGCCAUCUCUCCUCCUUGUCCUCCACAUCGGCUCGACCCAAGAAGAAGCAUAGACAUCAGCAGAUCUCCAGCGGCUACUCCACGCUGAGAAGCGAAGCAUCGGGCGAACUUGAGCGUAGUAUGGAUCGCAGCUUCCUCGUGUUCUCGGACAGCAAAUCCUACCGCGAAGUAGCCGUCGACUGUCCGCCGGAUUUCGUGCCGGUUACCAAGCGUCAUCCGGUAUACCCACCGCCCAAUAAGACCACCACGCCCGGCAACAGCAAGCACAACACUCUCGAGCCGAAACGCGAUCGCGAGAGCGAGGGGGGCGCGUGCACCCCCACGACAACGACGAUGACGACAACAAUCACGACGACCGCACUCGUAGCCUCCCCCCGUCUACCCCCGAACGACAAUAGCCGUUACACGACGCUGUCUAGCGGCGACGUUGGUAGCGCUAGGGAGACUAUAGUCGCGUGCAACGCGACGAUAGAUCGUAAGCACGACGCCAAGAAGGCCGGUCUCAACGGGGUCAAGCCUGCCAUCCCACCUCGCGAUCAGAAAAGGGCGCCCGCCAGACCGCCGAAGGAUAAUCUACGUCUAUCUACGCAAAACAAUAAUGUCGAAACGAGCGAUAAUGCCAACGCAACCGAGCCGACGCAGCAGCAGCUUCAUUCUAUCAGGAAAUAUCAGGAACAGUUACGAAAACGAAAGGAUGAAGAGGAAAGGCAGGAAAUGCUCAGCCGUUCUCUCCGUGGAUCUAAAAAGCUCCAAGCCUUGGAGAGCCACGCGACGAGUCUCAUUGGCCAGGAAAAUCUUGCUUACGCACAGGAUGAGGUGACCACCGUCAGCCGGGUCACACAUGCCACUCCUAAUGCAGUGCAAGAAGUGAAGGAACCUCCCAGAACCCUCACGUACGGCGAAGUAGUUGCUACACUCGAGAGGCUGCAGCUUCAGCUGCAAAAUAUUUCAGGUGCUCUCGGUAUUUCGGGUCCAGGUGUCGAAACCGAAUUGAAGGCAGUUCGAGCACUUUUGGUGCAAAAUCAAUUUGCGUCUGCUCUGGCGACGCGUCACGCUUUGAAGAAUCGGUUGAGGGCGAGCAAGAUUUUCAAACAUCAUGCCGAUGACGCAUCGAAUUUGGCACGAGAUUGCGUAGAUAUCUUGGAAAAAUGGCAAUCGUCGGCGACUUCAACAGGUGUCGGCGGUGCAGAAACAAUAGCCGCUGUGGAAGAAUUAACGAGCAUUCUUACGGGUUAUGACAUGGAAGCUCUGCUUCUCGCUCAUGAUUCCAUCGUAUCGUAUGUUGACGGUUUGCAAAGAAAGCGAAGCCCAUCGUCCUCGCCGCCUAGCGCACCACCUAGCCCGACAUCCAGCUGGAAAGAUUCCCGGGUGGUCGAUAACAUUAAAAUUAUCCGAAUUGAGAAGACUAACGAACCGCUGGGAGCUACCGUUAGAAAUGAAGGGGAUGCGGUGAUUAUAGGACGUGUUGUGCGCGGUGGCGCGGCGGACAAAUCGGGACUCUUGCAUGAAGGUGACGAAGUUCUUGAAGUAAACGGUGUGGAAAUGCGCGGCAAGACCGUCAAUGAGGUCUGCGAUAUUCUCGCCGGUAUGCAGGGUAGUCUCACGUUCUUAGUACUUCCGGCACCGACGUGUCACAAAAAUAAUUUAAGGAGAGAAGACACGACACAGAUACACAUACGAGCGCAUUUCGAUUACGAUCCUGAGGAAGAUCCGUAUAUACCGUGCCGCGAAUUGGGUGUGAGCUUCCAAAAAGGCGACGUGCUUCAUGUAAUUUCUCAAGAAGAUCCAAAUUGGUGGCAAGCAUAUCGAGAGGGCGAAGAGGAUCAGACUCUAGCCGGUCUGAUACCUAGUAGAUCGUUCCAGCAUCAACGAGAAUCAAUGAAGCAGACGAUAGCUGGCGACAAGUCGACGGUGCGAGGCUCGAAGAAAUCUAGCACGCUAUUGUGUGCGAGAAAAAAUCCAAAGAAGAAGAAACGGAAUAAAUUUGGCGCAAACUUCAAUGAUGACGGGUACCCUCUUUACGCGACAACUGCCAUAGAUGAUUACGACAGCGAGGAGGUGUUGACGUACGAAGAAGUCGCCUUAUACUAUCCUCGUGCAAAUCACAAGAGGCCCAUUGUUCUUAUUGGACCUCCCAAUAUCGGACGACACGAACUCAGGCAGAGAUUGAUGCAAGACAGCGAACGUUUUGCCGCAGCGAUUCCUCAUACAAGUCGUCCGAAAAAGGAUUCCGAGGUCGACGGCCAGGACUAUCACUUUAUUUCACGUGCUCAAUUCGAGUCCGAUAUCCUUUGUCGUAAAUUUGUCGAACACGGCGAGUACGAGAAAGCGUAUUACGGCACGUCCGUGGAGGCCAUCAGAACAGUGGUUAAUUCCGGUAAAAUCUGUGUCUUAAAUCUACAUCCUCAGAGUCUCAAGAUCCUGCGAAAUUCGGAUCUGAAGCCGUACGUUGUGUUUAUCGCGCCUCCGAGUUUGGAGAAGCUGAGACAGAAGAGAAUUAAAAAUAACGAAAGCUUCAAGGAAGAAGAGUUGAAGGACAUAAUCGAGAAAGCACGCGAGAUGGAGGACAAAUAUGGCCAUUUGUUCGACAUGCUUAUAUUGAAUAAUGAUACCGAUCGGGCGUAUAACCAAUUACUCACGGAGAUUAACUCACUCGAGAGGGAACCUCAGUGGGUACCCGCGUCUUGGGUUCUUCAGUAACUGUAUAUGGUCUUAUGCUUUAAGACGAGGAUUUCCGAGAACGUGUCUCGGAGGAGAUUGGCGAUCGGAAAUCGAAGGCCAGUAUGCUGUUUGCAAGACAUGUGCUUUCGAGCAAUCUUCCAAGCGAGACUUCAAGCGAGUCUGCUAGAAAGCUUCGGGUGGACCGGUUCUUCUACAGGUGCCUGUUACAUAGUUUUAUGUUUCUUACGCGAAUCUUUUAAAUCUUCCUCCCCUCCGGUUAUACUAUAUUGCAAGUACUACCCGCCUGACAGAGUCUUCCGCGUGUGUUGUCGUACUUUGGUGCCAUGAAAUAAAGGAUCAUCGGAAGCAGUUUUUAAAUGGGAGAAAAUAUAAUCUGCAAGAAAUUCUCACACUUUUACAGACUAUUCCUCCAGACUUUGCGUUCGGUAUAAAGGCAAAAGUAUAUAUCGUGUUUUUAUGUAUUACCGUGAUAGCGAACAUUCGCGAGGCUCGGUCGCGGCAACGAUGUUUCAAAUUUGAGUAACACGUAAUCAAAUCACGGACGAUUGUCGGCCGAAAAACUUUAAGUUUAAGUUACGCUCAAAUUUCGAACACGAUUGCUGCGACUUGGCCUACCUAUCUAUCUUGACGUCUCAAAAUCAAUUCAGGCUAAGAGACGUUCGUAAGAGACGGAGUUUCCAAAGUGUAUAUUAACGAGGUUAAAUUCUCAGACUGACAAAAACGGUUAACUAUUAUAGACACGCGAGUAUACAAAAGCAUCAUCUGCCGAGCGUCUCGCUCCUUCCGCCGUAUAUUAGCCCGUUCUACGUGAGGAAGUGUACCUGACCUGAUGUCUCUCCUAAAAGUUGGAAAAUUUCUAACAGGGGCUCGUGAAAAAAUGUUAUGUAAUUUUCUAUGAUCGCAUAUAUAUAUAUAUA